AUGGUAUCAAAUUUAUUGUUAUAUAAUUAUAGAAUAGCAAACUUAGUAAAAGGUCUAAAAAGAGUCUCUUGAUAGAAGAAACUUAAAGUAUUUUUAAUAGAAAUUAUGUAGAUAAAUAAAGAAGUGAAGAAUAGACAGAAUCAAUAGUAAAGAAUGUUAGAAAUGGUGAUGCUUCAAAUCCAGAAGUGGUUAUAAUAGGAGAAGGCGAAUUAUAAAGGAUGAAAGUAAGAAGAUUUAUAUUAUAUAUUUUCAGAAUAAUGCAAUAAUUACAACAAAAGAAGAACAAUUAUACUAAAAGAAAUUGCUUGAGGAAUAGAAGGAGAAGUAGAUGGCUGCUGCCAAAGCCAAAAAAUAAAGAAUGUUGCAAAUGGAAGAUGAGAAAAAAAAAUAAGUUCCUUUGACAUCAUAAUAGGAGGAGGAUAAAGUUGUAAAAGAUUCACUACUUGGAAGAGUAUUUGUUGAUUCUAAUUAUAUUUUAGGCAGCAGAAAUAAUGAAUGAAUAGAUGAAUGAUGUUAAGGAAAUGAAUAAGAUGGUUAUGUAUGCUAAAUGUGUAACUGUUCGAGAUAAGCAAUUACAAGAGAAAAAAGAAUUGAUUAAUCAAUAUAAGGUUUAGGAAAAGAGAAAAGAUUUAAUGAUGGAAAUAGAAAGAUUGAAAUCAAUUAAAUAUCAUGAAGAAAAAGAUAAAUAAAGAAAAGUUGAAUAAAAAUAAGGUCAUGAUAUUAUAAUUGAAUAAAUUAAAGAGAGAGAAUUAAUUAGAUUAAAAGAUAAAGAAGAAUAAGAAAGAGAGGGAUAAGUUAUGUUAAAAAAGAUAAAGUAAUUAUAAUAAGAGGAGUCUUAAAAAGCUAUGCAAAAGAAAGUAUCAUAAUAAAAGGUUCAAGAAGAAAUUUUAGAAGCUAAUGAAAGAGCUAUUUUUAGUAAAAGAAAAAAGAAAGUUAGAGGAAAGGGAAGAAGAAGAAAUGAUAGUCAAAUAUAAUUUACAAAAAGCAUAGAAAGAAGCUGAACUUUUAGAAGAGUAAAGAAGGAUUAAGGAAGAGAAAGAACGUGAUGUAUAAAGAUUGAGAGAAAUGCAAGAAAAAGCAUCAGAUAGAUAAGCUGAAUUAGAUGCAUUAAGAGCAAAAAGAGCUAUGGAAUAAAAUGAAAGAUAAGCAAGAGAAAAAGAAAGGAGAGAAGCAGAAUUUAAAAUGAAAUUAAAUCACGAUGUUCAUGAAGCAAGAAAAUUAUAAUAGUAUGAAAAAUAAGAAAGAUUAGAAGAAUAAGUAUAAUUUAAUAAUUACUAAUAUAGGCCAGAUUGGAAAGAGAUGAAUUUUAAAGAGUUAUUUAAAAAUAAAAAUAAGAAAGAGAAAAUGAACUUAAGUUGUUACAUGAUAAAGAAGCUCUUGUUAAAAAGCAUGCAGAUGAAUUAAGAAAGUAAAUUUCUUUGAAUGAAGAGAAAAAGAAAUAAGAGGAAAGAGAUAAGUAAUUCCCUCUUAAUAAGUUAGAUUAGAAGAAGGCAAAAAGAUUAGAGAUAAAAUGUUAAAUGAAAAAAAACUAUUAGAAAAUAUCAAAGAUACAAAAUUAAGAACCUUAAAUGAAAAUGGAAUUGCUGAUAAAUACAAAGCCGAAUUAGCUAGAAAAAAAAUCAAUAUAUUAAUUUGA